CUGAUCCACAGCUACAUGAAGUGCUUGUUUGAGGUUAUUGUUGCCAAAGGAACUUCAACUAGUUACUAAAUCCAAGGGUUCACUUAGGUUUAACACCUGCACCGUUUUGUUGUUUAACCACUGGGUUCAAUAAAGACACAAAAAAUUACUGUUGUUUGUAAUAGCCUAAGUCACAUUGUGACAUAGAUGAAGCUUACAUUUUGUCCAGACAAACUGCUCUUUGAAGAUAUUGUCCCAAUAAAGUUGGUAAUUCCUGACAGUAAACUAACCUCAUUUCUCAGAGUACUUGAAAUGCAGGCACCAAAGAUAUUUUUUCACAGUGUAGGUUAAGGACUGGACAAAAAAAAAAGAUGAUUUUGAGACAGGCAAGACAGCUAGUUUGUUUCGACAUAGAAUGACCCAUGCCUUUUUCCUAAACAUCUAACUUAUAAAUGCUUCAUGACUGUCAUGCACUAUCAUGUUUUAUUUUGUUGUCAUUUGUGUAUAUGUGUAAAACGUUCAAGUUGAUGUAAUGGACAGUCGAUUCUUGUCUCCAGAAUGCACGAAUUUGAAAGUAAUUGAUAAAUCCAACUUGGUUUGUUAGGUCUCAAGAAACUAUCCCAGAGACACUACACUGAAGAUCACGAGAGGGGGGAAACAUCUAAGAGCAUAAUCUCCUUACAGGAUUCAGGAUCUCACUGUUCAGACUUGGAUAGCUCUGAUUCUUCACUGGACAGAAAGAAGGAGAGGAAAUUUCAGAAGGUAUCUGAUUCUGAGUCUGACUCAGAAUUGGAUAGCUCGGAUUCCUUUGUGGAGAAGAAGAAGAAGGCUAAGAAGGACAAAAAAAGCAAAAAAGAAGGAACACAUCACUACCAUCAGCGGGUUAGCGAACCAUCAGAGGUGGUGCGUCGAUAUAAGACAGUGCUGGGUAUCUUCCAAAAGGGCAAGACAAUGGCUGAGGCAUUCAACAAGUUUGGGCAGAUCGCAACACAAUUUCACAAACUUCUGAAAUUGCCGAGUUGGCAAUUGCUGCUCCAGAAAAGUAUGCGCAGCUUGUUCAACAGGUGAAGGGGAGCAAGCUUUCUGACAAAGUGAAUUCGUUGGUUGGAGGAUGGACAAGUGGUUUUCAUCAGUCUGAGAAUGAGAAAUUUAAGACAGUUUUGUGCACUUAAGAGAGGUAAACCAGCUGGAACACUCGCAUAAACAAGCCUCACAGGAAAAAGCCCUUCAGAUUAUGUAACAGCUCAGUGUCAGUAGAGCCAGCCUGUGGAGGACAAGUUAAGGGCGUCUUCACUGGCGAUGCAGCUCAGCGACUCUGGACUUUCCGCAGCAGCUUGCGUACUACCCCUCAUUCCUCCUCCUUCUCCUCCUCCUCCUUCCUCCCAAUGCUAUAUCCACCCACCCAUCCACCCACCAGCCCACCCUCUCUCUGUCUUUCUUACACACGCAUACACAUGUACACUCAAUCAGGAAUGCAAAGGGAUUGCAGCAACAGCAGCAGCACCGCUAGAUGGAGAUCUCCGCUGCGUGUGUGAGUGCUUAUUCCCGGUGAGUGCAGGGACAAGAUCGAAUGAGUGUCAGUGGUGCUUGAGUAAGGUGUACAAGGGAGAAGAGGGGGAGAGAGCAAAGUAAAAGGCAGGAAGAGGAUAUCUGUGAGGACUCGAUGAGGUUUUGAGGUAAUGGCUGUCUGCUUUUUUUUUCUCUCCCUUCCUGGUAACCUCAAUCUUUGCUGGAUGUGCCACAACUACUCCAGCUGUCACUGCACCGGCUGCCUCUCCCUUGGUCCUCCUGCAGCUAGUGAUAGCUGCUCCAGUGGCUGGACGAUACCCUGGCACCCUCUGUGUACAUGGAUGAACACUGGCUCUACAGGGCAUCUGUGCUCUCUUGUCCUUUGCACCACUAAUCUGUUUCUCAAGGCUGACAAGGAUGCAAGACGACCCAAGCAAAUCCAACUCAUAAAUCAUGAGUCAGCAGUGUAGUAGACUUGUUAUGGAAAUAUGGUGAGCAAAGAGGACACCAAAUGCAUUGUUCUCUCAAAUUCAGAUGAAUCAGAUUCAGACACGGGUCCAUCACACACCCUUGAUGCACAGUCUGGACAAGAAUCAAGCAAACAGCACGUGAAGAAGAGAAACAAGGCCCUACAAGUACGUUUUAAGGAUAUCUGUGAAGCUCAGAAUGAGCAUUGGAGAAAACGCUCCAGAUCCAUUUCCUGUAAAGUGACACACAGAAAGUACAUGACCAUGCCUGCGAGACGCUCUAUUCCAAAUGUAACCAAGAGUACUGGUGUCCAGACCUCGCCAGAUUUCACUAAGCGAUACAAGACUUUCCCUUUUGAAAGGAAAAAAGGUCAUACAUUUAAACAUACUGCUUUGGUGGAAGAUUACAGAGGACAAAACAAUGGGUUUUUGAGUGAUAUAAAGGCAGAAGGAGAGGAUGGACAACCUAUUGCGGAGUCCUCUAGGUACAAGGGUAAGAUUGUGGGGCAGACAAAAGCUUUGCUUCACCAUACUGAUGACAGCAGUGAUACAGAGGAUUUGCUUUCCAGUGCCAACUGUGUGGAUGGACCCUCAUGUCCAGAAUCCUCACAUUUCUCAGAAGUGUGCCAUCCGACCAGCUCUCCUUCCAAAAGUGAACCAGAGUACCAGAUUUGUGGGAUAAGGGAGAAACAUAAAGGAUUACCCAAAGAAGGUAUGAAUGCUGGCACCUCCUCAAAGCGCCAGCUAACAAACUCCGAGCUUCCACAGGACAAGGCAAAAGGUACAGGCCCUGUUGCAUGGAACUCUCUGACACAGGUGGAGUCUUUAGGAAGCCCCUCUGUGAGCUGUAAACGGAAAAAGGGCACACAGCUAAAUGAACAGCAGUCACAGACACUUCCCCAUAGUGCCAAAUGUUCUGUGCAGUCACAAGGGCAGUGUCGGACAAGGCAUGUGUCAGCUUCCUCUAAGCUCCAGCAAACAGUUGUGGGGGAUGACGGCUUUCCUCCAGGAGACACAAGAGCCCGAGGCAUGGGAAGCAGCCAGCAGAUAAUGCCCUUAUCUGGAGAUAAGGAUAUCAAAGCACAGCUGCAGGCCAUGGAAAGCCUCAUCAGCUCGAGCCAGGAGACCAUCAAGGUCCUACUUGGAGUUAUACAGGAGCUGGAAAAAGGUGAAGCACAGAGAGAGGGGCUCUCCUACCGAACAGGACAAGACACGGCAAAUUGUGACACAUGUCGAAAUAGCGCAUGCAUCAUUUACAGUGUUGAGCUGGACUUCAAGCAGCAAGAGGACAAGCUCCAGCCCCUGAUGAAGAGACUUUGCCCUCUGUAUAGCCAACAAUGCUCUGCUCUGCCUUACUCUAAUGAAGUGUUCACAUCCACCCCAAAAUGCAAGUCCAAGACAGAGUCCAAAAAACAUGCUCGUUGGAAACUCUGGUUCCUUUGAAUAAAAUUUGAAAGCUGUGGAAACAGCCUUUUUACUGGGCACAUUAUUACCCCUGUUAUUCUCAAAAUGAAUGAAGGAAUACUCAAAGGGACCAUCCCUUGAGAACGGCUAACAACCGAAACCACUUCAUUUGAGGUUUCUGAACUGAGACACAUCAAGUCAGCUGAGAGACAGCAGAGACAAACAUUUUUAAAUGUGUCAAACCUUUUUCUGGCGUGGUGCUGGAGAGGACUGACACACACCUGCAAAAACUAGCCUCCAAUGCAAUGCACUGGUGGUGUUUUUCUCCUCAGAGCAUAUUGCUUGGCAACGACAGGAAGCACUGUGUGGAGGGCUUUUUAUGAGUGAAGCUGUAUUCUUUGAAUGGACAUCAGCCCCACCUCCGGCAAAGCACAAACAUUUGACUAUUGAGAGAAACAUGCGUAAAAGACUGAAAGACAGUAAAGUACAUGACAGUAUGUCACUGCUGUUCCUCAACCCUAUCUGUUCUCUCCUCUUCUUGUUAACAUCCUGCUCAAUUGGUCUGCCUGACUGAACGUCUGCCUGCCUUUGUUAAUAACUCCUAUGUCCUCCCUCUCUUUGUAACUUGGUCCCUUUAUUUCUCUCUUUCUACUUAGCUCAUUGUGUGAACAACCAGCUAGCCAGCCUCCUUUCCCUCUGUUAUCCUCUCCUCUUCCGUUGCCUACAAUGACAUAUAAUGUUCAAAGUCUAUAUUCUUUUUAUCAGUGUUUUGUGAAAUGGCAUUUUAAAAUACCCUAUAUAUGUGUGGGCCCUUUCAUUACUUCUAAGGCAGAGUAUUUUCUAUGAUAACAAACUUUUUCCUUCUCUUUCAGCCCAUUAAGAGCUUGCUGUGCCUCUCAAUCACCCAGUGUGUUACAGCAUAGCUCAGAUGCAAAAUCUGUUUUUAAGUUGGCUUGUUUCAUGUCCAGUUAGUUUUUUUUGUGAUAUUGAUUCAUAAUGUCAUUCAACUGCAAGCCUCAUCUUGUAAAAUUGAACUUUUUUCUGCAAAAAACAAUUACAGAGCACCAAACACCUGUCUACCAACACACACAAACAACUAUGGUAUGAACUUAAAAGAGUAGAAGGGCUAUAUACUGUAAAGUGCUAAAGGAAUAUGGUAGCAGUCUUACAACAGAGAAGACCUGUAGCCACCAGCUUUGGUUAAGUACAAACAAAACUUUUUAAAAGAUGUUACAUUAAUUAUGUAGCAAUGACACUGAACUUGCAUGUUGUUACAAAGCAGGUAUUUACUGAAUUUCAUAACAGCAGGGCUUACUGUAUGUAGAUUAUGGUACUGUUAAAUGUCCAAGAAAUGUCAGGAAGACACAUACUGGCCUCUCAUCUUCAGUUCAUGGACUAGAUUAUAUAAUUCCUAUCACCAAUAUCCAUACAAAGAUCUGUACCUUGAGAAAGUGCAAUUUAGUGAUUAUGUGCAAUAUUAUGCAUUUUUCUACUGUUUCUACAUCACAAUUAAAACAUUUUUAAAUGAAGGUGAGUCAGCAUGCUCCUAUGUCUAAGUGCUGGCAGCACCAGUGCUGGGUGUAGUUACAGCCAGAGCUGUCCUGACUGUGUCAAACAGUUCAUAUUUUAUAUCUUUUG